UAUGUGGUAUAGGAAUCAGGGUAAACCAGUCGGUUUAACCUAAUUUUGCAGGAGUAGGGUUUGUUGUAGUUAGGUGCUGCGACAAAAUCAGCUCAGAAAUGGCCGAAUCAACAAAGGUAUCCGCGAUGAAGAGGCAAAUCCUUAAAGGAGGAGGAGAAGGAUUUGAGCCACCGUCAUCCUCGGAGAAGAAGCAAAAAUUUGCAGAGGGAGGAUCAGUGACACCGUUAUACCCGGAGGAUAAUGAGAAAUCAAUAUGUUUUUGCGAUAUAAGCGAUGACAACGACGAUGGCGAAAAGAUACCAAAUGAAGGAGGAUGCUGCCUUUGCAAUCCAACCAAACCUGAUCCCGACUCCGAUGAAGAUUAUCCUGAAGAGCUUCGCCCUUCCUUAGAACCAAUUCUCUUGAAAUACCACCAUCAGGCUCUUCUAACCAAUGGUUUUGAUUUUGCUGAGUAUCCUGGUCCGGUUGCUCCAAUAUCACCAAUUGUGAAUCUUGAUACCCACAAAGACUUUGGGGUAAUGAUGGAACUUGCUAACCUUGCUAUCCAAGAAUAUAAUGAGAAAGAGUGCAAUGUUUUCAAGUAUAAGCUUUUGAAGAUUGAGAAAGCAACUUAUAUGCUGGCCGCGUGGGAACAAUAUUUUAUGACUGUUAAAGUCUUAAAUCUCACUCUUGCUACUCCUAUCGAAACGUUUCAAAUCUAUGGUGCUAAAAGAAUCUUUAGUGCUGAUAUCAAAGAAGUCCUCCAUUGUGGGCCAAAAAGAAUGGAGCUAAUUGCUGGUCCGUUUUCCAUGCAGAUUGGAAAGGACAGUCCUCCGGAACAUAUCGAGGCUUUUAAGGGGAUACGUGCACAACUACGAAAAUAUUUCUAGAAUUUGAAUUUGACCGGGUACAACCUUUAGGAUUGUCCUGGGAGGAAAGAAGACAUUUGAAGUACAGCUAAUUUAAAUCUGGACUGCACUAUUUAAGAUUUCAUCUAUCGAACUUUUAAGCGCUUUUACUUUGAUAUGUGAUCUGACCUCUUUGUUAAUUGAAGUAUCUGAUAAUAUUAUGCACA